GUCGUUUGGUUUUACCUUCCAAUGCUUAAUUAAAAAGUACAUCAGCGUGCAACAUCACGCAAACUUCUCUAUUGAUCAAAGCACAAAAAUGUAGUCUUUGGCCACUUCAACCCAACGAUCCGAACUUACUCAGCUCCCGGCCACUUUAAUUUCACUCGCUCGACUGCAGGGUCCCAAUCUUCUGUCGUAUUCAUGGCCAAUAGCGACGCGGUGGCGGCGGAGCCGCUCCUUGGCGGCAGCAACCACCGGGAGAAUGGCGGAGAGAAAAAGCCGCGGGCGCGGUGGAGCAGCAGAAUGAGAAGCUUUGGCGGGGACUUCGGAGGGGAAUCGAAGAAACUAUGGAAGAUUGCGGGCCCGGCGAUAUUCACGGCCAUUUGUCAGUACUCAUUGGGCGCGCUCACCCAAACCUUCGCCGGAAAAGUUGGUGAGCUCGAACUGGCUGCUUUCUCCAUCGAGAACUCCGUCGUGGCUGGUCUUGCUUACGGAGUCAUGCUGGGAAUGGGGAGUGCAUUGGAGACGCUGUGCGGGCAAGCGUAUGGUGCGGGGCAAAUGAGGAUGCUGGGGAUAUACAUGCAAAGAUCCUGGGUUAUAUUACUCACCACCGCCUGCAUUUUGGUCCCUAUCUAUGUCUUCUCCCCUCCUAUUCUCCACCUCAUUGGACAGACCCCUCGCAUCUCCCAUGCCGCCGGUUAGUUCUACCUACCUCUUCCAUCUUUCACUAUCAUCUCUUUUACAACGUACGUACUCCCAAUAAAUUAUUAAGGUUUUU